AUGGAACAACUUAGUAACUCUUCAUUUAAGUUCUUUUCCCUCGGAGGGAGCAAUGAAGUUGGACGGUCCUGUCAUAUCCUGCAGUUCAAGGGAAAGACCAUUAUGUUGGAUGCAGGUGUUCACCCAGCGUACGAAGGUCUCUCUUCAUUACCCUUCUAUGACGAAUUUGAUCUUUCAACGAUAGAUGUUUUGUUAAUUUCACAUUUUCAUGUAGACCAUGCAGCCUCGCUGCCCUAUGUGAUGCAGAAGACCAAUUUUCAAGGCAGAGUUUUCAUGACACACCCAACAAAAGCAAUUUACAGAUGGCUCCUGAGAGAUUUCGUGAGGGUCACUAGUAUUGGUGCAUCGUCAUCGGGUAAAGAUGAAAAUUUGUAUUCCGACGAAGACUUGGCCGAGUCCUUUGAUCGAAUUGAAACAGUCGAUUUUCACUCUACGGUAGAGGUUAAUGGCAUUAAAUUUACUGCAUUUCACGCAGGUCACGUUCUCGGUGCUGCCAUGUAUCAACUUGAAAUAGCUGGUAUCAGAAUUUUAUUUACCGGUGAUUAUUCGCGAGAAGUGGAUCGUCAUUUAAACUCUGCUGAAGUGCCGCCUUUGCCCUCGGAUGUUCUUAUCGUUGAGUCUACCUUCGGUACUGCAACUCACGAACCUCGUGCAAGUCGGGAGCGUAAAUUGACACAAUUGAUCCACAACACUGUGAUUAAAGGUGGGCGGGUUCUGCUACCCGUAUUUGCACUGGGAAGAGCGCAAGAAAUUAUGCUUAUAUUGGACGAAUAUUGGUCUAAUCAUUCUGAUGAUCUGGGAGGUGGUCAAGUACCAAUUUAUUACGCUUCCAAUCUGGCAAGGAAGUGCAUGAAUGUCUUUCAAACAUACGUGAAUAUGAUGAACGAUGAUAUUCGUCGCAAAUUUAGAGACUCUCAAACAAACCCUUUCAUUUUCAAAAACAUUUCAUAUUUGAAAAAUUUAGAAGAAUUUCAAGACUUCGGACCUAGCGUUAUGUUGGCUUCUCCAGGUAUGUUGCAAAGUGGUCUCUCUAGAGAUAUCCUGGAGAAAUGGUGCCCUGAGGGAAAAAAUUUGGUACUUAUCACUGGUUACUCAAUUGAAGGUACAAUGGCCAAAUUUUUGAUGCUUGAACCGGAGUCUAUUCCUUCGAUCAAUAACCCAGAAUCUACAAUACCAAGACGUUGCCAAGUUGAUGAAAUUUCAUUUGCUGCGCAUGUGGAUUUUCAGGAAAAUCUCGAAUUUAUCGAACAAAUCAGUGCAAACAAUAUUAUUCUUGUUCAUGGAGAAUCGAAUCCUAUGGGUCGUCUGAAGUCGGCAUUAUUAUCAAAUUUUGGAUCACUAAAAGGAACCGAAAAUGAAGUUCGUGUUUUUAAUCCUAGAAAUUGUGUUGAAGUAAUAUUGGAAUUCAAGGGGAUAAAAAUCGCCAAAGCAGUAGGAAACAUUGUUGAUGAAAUACAAAGGGAAGAAAUUAUUGCAGCCAAUAAUAAUAAGGAUGGAUCAAGGGUUGAAAAAAAGGAAGACGAUGUUGAAAUCAAGGCAGAGCAAAGUACUAACAAGGAUAUGACAAAUACUGUAAAUAAUGCAAUUGACUUAAAACCUGUGAAGAAAAAUGAAAUCAAGGAAGAAAAUAGAGAACUGCAGAAUGGUAAUGAGGAGGAAAUUAUUGUUUCUGGAAUAUUAGUUUCAGACGAAAAAAAUUUUGAUUUAAAUUUUGUUUCACUAACUGAUUUGAGAGAACAUCAUACAGAGUUGUCGACCACAGUGCUGAGAGAGAGACAAAAAGUCCAUGUGGACUGUAAAAAGGAACUCAUAUAUUGGCAUCUUUGUCAGAUGUUUGGAGACGUUGGAGUGUUGUUGGAUGAGGACAAUGUCACAAAUAUGGUAAAACAGGAGAAUGGGAAUCGUAAUCAUACGGAGAGUGAAGACCAAAAUGGGAAACUGGUGUUACAGGUUAUGAAUGAUAUAAAAUUGACCGUGGUUGAUAGUACUGCUGCUUUAGAAUGGAGUCAGGGUUUAAUCACUGAUGCAGUCGCAGACUCGAUCGUAGCAAUAUUAAUGAGUGUUGAUUCUGCACCUGCUAGCGUGAAAAUGAGUAGCCAUUCUUGCGGCGGUCACCACUGCCAUCAUCCAGAGCACACACCUGACGAGGUACUACAACGAAAUUCAGUCUGGAAAGUUAAGCAGAUAUCAAACUUAUUCAAAGAGCAGUUUGGCGACUCUUUCACUUUGCUUCUUGAAAAAGGUGAUGAUCAUGAUAUGAAAGAUGAAGAUAUAUAUGGCGUUAUCACUAUUGGCAAAAAUAGUGCCCGGAUAAACUUUUCACAAAUGAAAAUAGAAGAAUGCAAUUCGAACCCUUUAAAAGGUCGGGUAGUGAGAAUCCUGGAUAUGGGCGCCGAUCUGGCGGCUUCGCUGUGCUAA